AUGAUAAUAAACUUUCUGUUUGUAUUAUACUAUUAUUAUACACUGAUAUUGGUUGUUGAAAUUCUUGAACUGUAUAGACGGCUAUACGAAGAGUACUUAGCUGUGCCUGUGGUGAAAGGGAAAAAAAGUGAGAUGGAGAAGUUUGCCGGUGGACUUUAUACCACCAGUGUUGAGGCGUUUAUUCCACAUAGUGGGCGUGGUGUACAAGGUGCGACUUCCCACUGCUUAGGCCAGAAUUUUGCAAAAAUGUUUGAAAUAAAAUUCGAAGAUGAAAAGGGAGAAAAAGCCAUGGUUUGGCAGAAUUCUUGGGCAUAUAGUACUCGAACAAUAGGGGUGAUGGUGAUGGUUCAUGGUGAUGAUAAAGGACUGGUGUUGCCUCCUAAAGUUGCGGGAGUACAAGUGAUUGUGAUUCAUUUGCCUUACAGUGAUGCCGACGUUGAUGCAUUAGUGAAUGCAAGUUUGGAGACUGUGAAAGCUUUAUGUGAUGUAGGAAUUCGUGCUGAAGCUGACUUAAGGGAGAAUUAUAAACCAGGUUGGAAGUAUGCUCAUUGGGAAAUGAAAGGUGUUCCUUUGAGGAUUGAAAUUGGACCCAGGGACAUUGCUAAAAAUCAGUUGCACUAAUUACGAUAAAAUAAUGUGUUUGUUUUCACUUUUCAGGUGUGUGUGGCUCGUCGUGACAAUGGAAAAAAAAUUGAUAUUCCAAUGGAUGAUUUGGUUGAUAAAGUAAAGGGUUUGUUGGAUGAUGUUCAACAAAACAUGUUUGAAGUCGCUAAGCAAAAACGAGAUGCUUGUGUUCAAGUUAUAAAAACUUGGGAUGAGUUUAUCGUUGCAUUAGCCCAAAAGAAAUUGAUUUUGGCUCCAUGGUGUGAUGAAGAGGAAGUCGAGAAAGAUGUGAAAACAAAGACAAAAGGGGAGACAGGAGCAGCUAAGACACUUUGUUCUCCAUUUGAGCAGCCCGAGCUGCCCAAAGGUACAUUGUGCUUUGCGUCAGGAAAACCUGCCAAGAAAUGGACGUACUGGGGACGAAGCUAUUAACAAUAUUAAGAAUUUGGUUUUCUUGUUAAUAUAGCAGAAACUAUUGAGGAAUUAUGACGUUUUUUUGUGUUUAAGAUUUUGCAAAAUUCACACACCAAUAUAUAUUAUAGAGGCAAAAAAUUUCCUAUAGGAGACAAUCUGUGUUCUAGACUGCCUUUGGCAUCAUAUGCUCAAACUGUGUUGUGCAUUGUGUAAAGAGGAUGUGGUUCAUGCUGGUCCCAACUAGCCUAGUUUGUUUCCGGUGCACAUCACUUGCAACCUUUGAUCACUUGUUCCUCACAACCAUUAUAAGUGUCAUAGUGGUGUUGAGAUCGAUCCAAUCUAA